CUUCACUCACUCACUUACUCACUCACUCAUGGUAGUCUUCUCCUGAAUAUUACCGUCCCGCGACCAACAUGUCCUCGUGGCUCACAGAUAUUGCCGGGUCACACAGAGUGCAGCUGGGAGUUACCGCUGUCCUCUCGGGAGUCCUCGCUGCGAGCGCUGUGAUCGGCCUGCAAGAGGCCAAAAGACGGUACGAUGUACACGACUUAAAAGACACGAUUCCGGACUUGAAAUCGCCACACCAGGUUGGCAGAAUUAACCACAUCGGAGGCGCCGAGCCAGAACACCACGAGAAGAACAGAGACGAUGAGAAAAGUGCAGCGCUCGCACGCAGAGCACGGCUAGGAGACUACGAUGAAGCUCUCGUCCUGGAGCAGCUGGCUCGAAACCGCGUCUUCUUGACAGAUGCUGGUCUCAAGAGCCUCCGGGAAGCAUUCGUGGUUGUUGUUGGAUGUGGCGGUGUCGGCUCACACGCUACAGCAGCCCUUGCUCGCUCUGGCUGUGGUAGGCUGCGAUUAAUCGAUUUUGACCAAGUCACCCUUAGCUCGCUCAACCGUCAUGCAGUGGCCACUCUUGCUGAUGUAGGAACGCCCAAAGUCAAGUGCCUGCAGAGACGGUUGGAGCAAGUCGUACCUUGGACGCACUUCGACUGCAGGAAUGAGCUGUUCAGCGAGGCUGUAGCGUCGAAGCAGCUCUCCUCCUGGGAAGAUGGUCAAGCGCCGACGUACGUGAUUGAUGCAAUUGACAACAUUGAUUCGAAGGUGGCCCUACUGCACUACUGCAAGACCCACAGCUUACCCGUCAUUUCUUCUAUGGGCGCCGGCUGUAAGUCCGAUCCGACACGAGUCUUCAUUGGAGACAUUUCUGUCUCGACAGAUGAUGCCCUGGCCGGUAGCACCAGGCGGAAGCUUCGCAAGCGUGGCGUCAAAGAUGGCAUACCUGUGGUCUUCUCAUCUGAGAAGACUGGACCGGGCAAGGCUCAGCUACUACCACUCCCAGAGGAAGAGUUUCAGAAGGGUGCUGUGGGCGAGCUAGGCGUGUUGCCUGAUUUUCGUGUGCGGAUCUUGCCAGUGCUGGGGACUAUGCCGGCGGUCUUCGGUCUAUGCGUUGCAAACCAUGUCAUGCUGGAGAUCUCGGGCUACCCACACGAAUACCUUCCGAACAAAUUGCGGGAGAAAAUGUAUGAGGGCAUCAUGGGACAACUGCAAGGCUUCGAAGAGAAGGUCGCAAGACAUCAAGGACUCGAUCCGAUCGGGUUACGGCUACCAAUCACAUCUGAUGAUGUUGGCUAUCUAGUCGAGGAGGUCUUCCAUGGUCGGAGUGCAGUCUCUGGCCUUGCUGCUCGGCUGGCACUGGUUCGAUGGCGAAGACCAGAGGGAGCCUGGAUUGACACGAAUACCCCUGGCCAGAAGUCAGACGUGCUCAAGCUGGAGGACUUGGUCUGUAUGACUAAGGAUGAGGCGACAAAGCAUGAGCAACUGGUCAUGAAGGAGGGCAAAGAUCCCAGCGAAAUUUACGCUCCAGCAGUAGUGGAAUUGAUAGAGAAGCGGCUGGAAGAGGAGCGCCGCAUCACGCACCCGUAGUUUCCAGCUUCGACACUGUCUCGGAUGCUGAUGAAGGUUGUCCACUUCUCUUCUCCUCCUCACAUGCACCGUGCACAAGUACUUGGUAACCAUUCGAACUUCAUCUUCCGAGCAUCUCCCUAGUGUGCCUUUUUCACUUCCGUCUUCCCCGGUCCAGCAUAUCGAUGGCGACACAUCGUCGCCACUCCAACACUGCUGCGCACAGCGUCCUUCCUCCUGCGACUUUGAACGCAAUAUUUGUUAUGAGACAAUACCUGGACGACCUCGAAUCGAGAAGAUUUGGGGCCACAUUUCUCUCGGAGUGACAUAGACAAAUGCGCUGCAGCAAUGUGCGGACCGGACAAGUACGCACGGUAUCUGUAGCCGCUGCCACAAUAAGUAGCGGUGUACUUGGCGUAGCUCAAGCGAAUUGGGAGCCGAUUUGCAAGACCUGCGACCAAUAGCGACCUACAGGAAUCUGCAGAGAGUGUAGCCGUUGCUGAGUAGAGGCAAGGCACGGCAAUCGGGCAAUCAGUGCUACCACGAGCAGGAGAAUCGAGCUCGACUAGCCAGUCUGGAUAAUGGAAAAGCCUUUAC